GAGCUAUCGAUAGUUAUCCAUCUCGCCUGGCUUUGUUUUUGUGUGUCAUUGUUAAUUUUUCGUUUUCAUAAAUAUACGAAACUGAACUAUUAAUUUUUGGGACGCAAUCAGCCAACGCUAUGAGUGAAGUGCAGACAUUGAUGGAUAUGGGAUUCCCUCGGGAACGUGUUGAAUAUGCACUGGAGGUGACCAGUAACAAGGGCGUAGAACCGGCAAUGGAGUGGCUGCUGGCCCACGUGGAUGAUCCAAUACCAUCCCGUCAAGGUGCCGGCGAAUCCCCUGGUUCCACAGCUCAACCAGCUGCGGCUGUGGAUUCCUCGGCCGCAGCAGCUUCCAGUAGCACCAGUGGCGCAGGUGAAACCUCUGCUCCGGUAGCCAAGUCCCUGAAGUGCGACGAAUGCGGCAAAGUUCUUAGAGAUCACACCGAAGUGGAGUACCAUGCCGCCAAAACCGGUCACACCAAAUUCUCCGAAUCGGAGGAGGAAAAGAAGGCGCUCACCGAGGAGGAGAAGAAGGCCCAGCUGGCCCUCAUCGAGGAGAAGCUCAAGCAGAAACGCAUCGAACGCGAGGAGCGCGAGAAAAUCGAAGCCCUGCAGCGGGAAAAGAAUCGCAUCAAGUCCGGCAAGGACAUGACCGAGGCCAAGCGGCGCAUGGAGGAGUUGGAGAUGAAGAAGAUCGUUGAGCAGCGCAAGCGCGAAAAGGACGAGGAGAAGGCGGCCCGCGAUCGGGUAAAGGCUCAAAUUGAGGCGGACAAGGCAGCACGCAAGGCUAGAGAACAAAAGGAAUUGGGCAACGCAGAGCCAGCUCCAUCCGUGAGCUCCACCACAGUUUCGUCACCACCGGCCGGUGUGAAAUCUCCGCCGCGAGACUACACCGAAACCCGCAUCCAGGUGCGCCUGCAGGAUGGCUCAACACUACAGGAAACCUUCAACGUCAAGGAGCAGCUGUCCGCCGUACGUGUGUUCAUCCAGAUGAAGACCGGCAUCGAGUCGCCCUUCUCUCUGAUGACCACCUUUCCGCGCAAGCUGUUCGCCGAGGACGACUACGAGAAGCCGCUGGAAGUGCUCGGCUUGGUUCCAUCCGCUGUCAUCACCAUGACCAAGACGCCCGCAUAAAUCUUUCCUACAAACUGGAUAUAUUUGAAUCCGGGUAAUCUCUCCCAUAAACUAGAACCUAAAUACGAAAAAAACGCGGCGCGAAAUAUACCCCCCCCCCCCCAAAAAAAAAAAAAAAAAACAAGAAAAACAAUUAAUGUACGGUUUUAUAUAUAUAUUAAACACAACAAUCUCAAAUAC